AUGAAGCGCCAAAACCCAAAAUUCUGGGGCAGCUUCAGCGGAGGAGUAGGCCAGGGGUGGAAGGCGAAGAGGGCGAGGCCUGACGGCGGCACGCGCGGCGGGGGAGAGCCCGUGGUCAGGUGGUCACACGCGGAGGCCAUGAAGAAGAAGCCCUCCGGUGGAGGCGACGCGGUCGUCGCUGGUGGAGGAGGAGGGGGGUCGAGGGGGAUCCUGGGUCCGGGAAAGGCGGGGCUUGGUAGCCUAAGCUGCGGGAGCGGAGGAGGGUUUUGGACGAGCUGGUCGGAGGCGGCUGCGCCGGCGGCGAAGGAGGCGGGUACGUCCGCCGGCGGGGCAAAGAGAGCGCAGGUGUGGGACUGGCCGGAGCCAGACGCGAAAAGGGCGAGGCCUCGCGGCGACGGCGAAGGAGACGCGGGAGGCGAUGAGGAGGAGGUGGCGGUGUACGAGUGGAGGUGGACGGAGGCGGUGAGCCCGGAGAUCCUGGCGCUGGUGCUCCGCGGGCGGGUCGCCGCGGACGAUGUGGCGCGGGGCGCGGCGCAGGUUUGCAGGGCGUGGACGCAAGCCGUGGCGUCGCCGGACAUGUGGGGGGACGUGGACAUCGAGGCCUGGUGCCGCCGUGUCAACUGCCGCGCCAGGGCCGACGCCGCCGUGCGCCGACUCGUCGCCCGUGCGCAGGGCACGCUUCGGAGGCUCUCUGCCUACCGCGUCGGGGACGCCUCCCUCACCUACGUCGCAGCCUCGGGUAAGUUGCUCAAUGUCCUCCAGAUCCCAAUGAGCAAGAUCACUGAUCAAGCCGUGGAGAAGCAUGCAGAAUGCCUUCCUGUACUUAAAGUGCUGGACAUCAGUAACUGCAUGAAUAUCUCUCCCAAAGGAAUCGAGGCACUAGGCCGGCACUGCAAGUUGCUCGUUCAGCUGAAGAGGAACAUGCCCCCUCCAGACCUUCCUCAGGGUUUCAACACAGCAGCUAAGGCGGUUGAAGAAGAGGCACUGGCAGUCGCGAACACCAUGCCGAUGCUAGAACAACUUGAGCUUGCCUAUGGCCUGUUCAGUGACCUUGGGCUCAACGCCAUUCUUACCAAGUGUCAGCAGCUGCAGACCCUGGACAUACUUGGCUGCUGGAACGUCAGGCUUGAAGGCGACAUCGAGGAGAGGUGCUGCGCACUCCAGUCAUUCAGGGAGCCAUGGGAGCCUGAGUACGGUACUGACUCAAGCAUUGGGGGUGACUACGAGGUCGAUGAUACUGAUAGUGAUGAUUGA